GCCGGGUUAAGAGAGCAGUAGCAGCCGUUGUUCGCAGGCAGUGUCAUGGCGGCCGUGCGUAGCUUACGGGUGUCGGUGAAAUCAGACAGCGGCUCUGAUCGCUCGGAAUCGGACUCUGACUCCGAGUCGGACAGGGACGCCCGCGAAGCCGAACCGAUGGAGGUGGAAGAAGGAGAGCUGGAGGCCGAGGACAUCUCCGUUAACCGUUCCCUGAAGGAGCUGCUGCCGGAUACGAGUCGGAGGUACGAGAACAAAGCCGGAGCGUUCAUCACAGGGAUCGACGUCAACUCGAAGGAGGCGAUCGAGAGAAAAGAGAAGCGAGCGAGACGUUUCCAUUUCCAUGGAGAGGAGACGGUCGGUCAGAGGAACGUUUUCCUGGAUAAAGACACCAUGAAGAAAGCCAUCCCCAGACUGCGCCUGGAGGCGAUCUACGUGACGGGUGUGGAUGACAUGAGCACACAGGACGUCUUUGGAUAUUUUAAGGAAUAUCCUCCAGCACACAUCGAGUGGAUUGAUGACACAUCCUGUAACGUGGUCUGGCUGGAUGACAACACGUCCGUCCGAGCCCUCAUCAACACCAGCUGGAUGCCCGACCCGGUUACCACAGAGACGGAAGGCGCCGCUCAGCCUGGCGAGCAGAGCAAAGGUCAGCGGGGUCAGGGGUCAGAUGACGAGGAUGACGAAGAGGAGGAGGGUGAGGUGGACGAGGACGAGGAGGAAACGGCGAAGAAGAGCGGUGAGGAGAUCGAAGGGAAAGACAGCGACGGAGAGGUGGGACAGAAGACGAAGGCGGAGGGCGGUCAGAUGGACGACCUGUCCCGGGCAGAGAGAGAGUCUCUGCUGAGAAACGACCUGCGGCCGGCGAGCAAACCCUUCAAAGGAAACAAACUCUUCCUGCGCUUCGCCACGCAAGAUGAUAAGAAAGAGCCGGGCGCCGCUCGUCGCAGCAGAUACUACAUGAAGUACGGAAACCCCAACUACGGAGGCAUGAAGGGAAUCCUGAGCAACUCCUGGAAGAGGAGGUAUCACAACCGGCGGAUCCAGCGAGACGUCAUCAAGAGCAAGAAGCCUCUGAUCGGAGACAGCAUGGGACACACGCCGCCGUACACACACCGACACUCUGCUGACCUGGUCAACCUGCCCGAGGAGCCCAUCAAGGAGGAGGAGGAGGAGGAGGAGGACGGCGACGAGGACAUGGACUCGGACGACAGGGUGGUGGAGUACAGGGAACGAGGUGAAAGGGGCGGCGGCUCGCGUUCACUUGGGGCGGGGCUACGUAGCCGAGCGGAGCGCUCGCCGUCCCCGUGGUCAGAGUCGGACGAGAUGGACUACGACCUGGAGCUGAAGAUGAUCUCCACGCCGUCGCCAAAGAAGAGCAAGAAGAUGACGAUGUACGCUGAUGAGCUGGAGACUCACCUGAAGAGCAUCCGGAACCGGAUCGGAGGGUCCGGAUCACAGAGCAGGACCAAAUCCUCAUCACCCACCAAAGUGACGGACGUCCGGCAGCUGCUGGAGGAAAAAAGACAAGGACUCUCUCAGCGCAGGCAGCCCCCUCCGGUGGCCGGCAGCGGGAAAACAGAUGUACGGCAGAGGCUGGGGAAGAGACGUUACUCCCCAGACAGACAGCGCUCGCCCUCCCCCGUCUCCCCCAGAGAGACUGCCCCAGCCAGAGAACCAAUCAGAGACGUUCAUCGCAGACUGGGCGUGGCCAGUCAAGACAACAGAGGCCUCUACUCCAACUCAUCCAAAGACAGAAAGACAAGCGGCCUGUGGAGCAGACUCGGCUCCGCGGACGACGACGGCGGCGCCGGACGUCACGACCGCAGACCGAGCAGUCGGUCAUCGGGUAUGUUCUCCUCCUCCUCGUCGGGACGGAGCGGCGAUGGUGGCAGGAGGAGACGAGGUGACGGGGAGGAGGAGGAGGAGGAGGAGGAAGAGGAGGUCGAGGAAGAGGAAGACGACUCGACGCUACAGAAGAUGUGGGGCGCCAUGAUCAAACAGAAGCAGGAGCGUCUGUCACACAAGAUGAAGAAGAGCCGACUGGACAACCUGCCGUCGCUGCAGAUCGAGAUCAGCCGCGACAGCAGCGACGACUCCGACGCCUGAAACUGAACCGGCGGUGGAGGAGGAGGGAAACCGGCUCUGGAUCACAUCCUUUCUCCCUGUACAACACACAUGAAGACAUGAGGCUCUCAGAGCAGAUCUGAGGCCAGCAGUGUGGUGACUUGUCUUUUAUUCUUUAGACGGGAGGCGUUGUAUUGUGUAUCUGCAGUCCAUGGAUGGACGACUGAGUGGGGCCCCUGGCCCAAGGCCCUUGUUUGCAGUGACUAGUUAACAGUAGGGGUGUCCUGAUGGUGUGUUGGAGCCUGAUCCUGAUCAGAGUCUUGCGAUCUUGAGAAUCAGACAGAUUAAAUGCUGCGCAGUCAGAGCUCGGAGGUGAUUCUGUCAGUAACGCGUCUCCGCUCUGUGACGCUGCUGUACAGUCAGUUCUCUGAUAAACCCUCAGCUGAUCUCAGGUCAGAGUCAGGAGUCACCUUCUCCAGUUAUUUCAUAUCAGAUCAAUCACUUAAACUGAUCAUCUCCAUAGUUUUGGAUCAGGAUCUUCAGUGUUUGGAUCCAGUUGCUGUUAUUUCACUGUGUCAGAUACAUGUCGAUAAAUAUCUGAUCAGACUCUGUAUCAGCAGAUAAUCAAUAUUCCAGGACUCAGAUCAGGAUUAGGGCCGAUAAACCUUUGAGAGGGACACACUGUUAAAAUGCCUAAACUUGGUACUGCAGCACAAAAUGCGUGGAUUUCUGACAAAGUCCUGUCCAGUGUGAACCUGAGCGUUGACUCUGGACAGGACACUCCCGUGUGGGAGGGGGUCUGUGCCCCGGGGCCCGCUGUCUCCCGACCCACCCAUGCUGCGUUCAUACGUUAAAUAUCUGUGCCGAUAUUUAACAUCCUGAAAACAUGCUUCACUUUUCAAGUUGUAUUCUUGUCGGGAUGUAACAGAGCAUCAUGGGAAAAGCGUCUCUCCUCUCACCUGGCCAGCUGUUUCAAAAGCUGCCCAGUUUCUCGUCAGUAAACCAUUCCUACAUCACCAUGGAGACAGUGAACACCUGAGAGCUGCACCCUCAGCCCUGGCGGUCGUAUCGAUGCCUUGCUCAGGACCAAUCCUCCUCAGCGCUUCAAGCUCUUCAUCGCCUGACCAUCGGCCACCAUCGGCCAUCAAACCCAGACAAAACUUCAUUCACAAAAAGUGUGUUUUUACGUUUUCCAGGCCCCAUUCAGUCCAAGCAGAGGCGUGAUGUUCAGCUACGAUGUCUUUGAGACGAGACUCGACGGGAUCAUUAAAAGAUGAACUGAGAGAUGAGCCUGAGUCCACCUUUAGUUUCGAUGCGUCUCAGUGUUCGCUUCGUGUUUUUCCUCAGACAGACUCAGAAAAAGAGACACGAGCAGAAAUGAAGUGUCUGAGGAUCAUUGUCAGACGGUAAAUGUCCUAAAUGUAACUUUUUCUUACAUUUAUUCAUCAUCUUCAUCAUCAUCAUCAUCAUCAUCAUCAUUAUCAUCGUGUGUGUUUUACUGAGCAACAUCCAGGUUCCUUCAGCGCUGACUGACCUCUGUCUGUGUGUGUCUGUGUGUCUGCGUGUGUGGACACAAACACUGUAUUGUACGUUACAUGAUUUGUGUUUUGUUUUUUUUUUAAUCCAACAUUUCGGGGCCACAGUGACUGUAGUCCAACAUCAAUCUGCUGGUUAUGAAUUGACAUUAUUAUUAAAAUGUUGGCUCA